AUGUGGCUUUUUCAGCUCUUCCAUUGUCCAGUGAAGCUGGUGCCAGUCAAGAAACAGCUUGCUGCUUACUGUUACAUAAAACAUUACAAUAAAUCAUAUCUUGACUUUGCUCUUCUUGAAUUGAAAGACGCUGAUGAAAUCGCUGACUGUCCUGGAUUGCUCAGUCGAUACAUUCAUGGCCCCCCUCCUAACCGUGGUGGGAUCUGCGUUGUGGGACAUCCGGAUGGUGGGAUUAAGAAAACGGACCCCUGCUUCAUCAUUGAGAGAGAAAAUCUACAAGAGGCUGCCGAUAAACACAUCUCUGAGAAUGUCAAUUUCAUACAUGUGAUGACACAGAAAAGUGUUGAAGAUAAAUGGGAUGUUUAUGAAAACCAGUUGAACUUGAACUCUUGUUUCUUUCAUGGAUCUUCUGGCUCUCCAGUUUUUGAUGAACACUGCUAUCUGAUUGGCGUGCACACCGGUGGAUAUGUGUACCCAGGAGAAAAAGGUAGAACUAGAAGCAUUGUGGAAUACACCUAUUCCAUGCAGCCCAUCCUUGAUAUGAUCAGAGGACAGGCUAAUAUAAAAGGUUUGCAUGAGGUAGUCAAUACCUUAGAAGCCUACAGCAAUAAAAGCAAUGAGUCUGGGACUGCAGAGCAAGAGAAUCAGACCGACUGA